AUGGUUGGUCUUCCGCUUGGUGGUCCGUCUAUGAGAACUCCUGCCUCCAAUUAUGGAGAAGCUGGUUUCAGAAUGGCUCAUCGGCUUAUUACAAGAGCUCUGAGUGUUCCUGCUGCAUCUGUGCAUUGGUAUGACAAGCCAGGUACGGUUGCUUCACUCACUCUUUUGCCUGUGAUUGGUGUCCCUGUACGUGGUACCCGUUUGGAUGGAGUUAAUUCACUUCUCUCCAUCGUUCAGAUGCCUAGGGGUGUUCCUGUGGCGACUGUUGCUAUAAACCAUUCCACCAACGCAGCCUUGCUUGCUAUUCGGAUGCUUGAGAUCUCUGAUACUGAUCUUGUCUCGAGGCUCUUCUCUUCCUUCCUUUUUUUUCUUUAAUAUUGAGUCAAACUGAACAAGACUAAAU